UGCAACGUUGCGUGUUACAGCCACAGUUUAAAUUAAUUUCGGCUCUUGCGUAGAUUUUAAGCCAUAUUACAUAUAAUAUCUAUGUAAAUUAAUAAACGGUGUUUAAAUAGAACGCUACAAUAUUUGUAGGCACUGUUGCGGUUAAAAUUUCUGUGCUGUACCUAACGCACAUCUACAAAAUUACCGACCAACGAGAGACAAAGCUACGCUACGGUCGUAACUGGCAAAGUGCACUGUGAACGGCCAAUGCAGAAUUGUCAUACGCGAGUUUUUUUUCGCGUUCAGUUUAGGUUUUAGUUACCUGCGCGCAACAACCCCGUCGCCUUAGCCGUUGUGCUUGCGUCCUGCGUUUCCAAAUCGAAACUCGAAACAAAAAUUCCAAACGCUGCGACCAAAUGUGUGCACUGCAUGCUUACCGAUUCUGCUGCGCGUUGUAAUUUGCUAUCAAAUCGUGUAAAUACAUAAGCGAAAGCAUCCGCAGCAGCAACGCUUAUACCCCGCGUAUUGCUUUAGUGAGGCGCGCGUCUUUAUUUUAACUUUUUUUUUGUUGGCUCUGCGAACGAGCCAACGGGCAGCAUUAAAGUUGCUCCUCGGCUUGGCCGCUAAAAAUAAUUUCGAGAGACGAACGGUAGCAUAAUUAUCGGCACGCUGGAGAAACAUAAUAAACGCUCGCAGCUCAUACGCGACAAAAUGGUGUUGUCCGAGCGCAACACCAGCGACAUUGUGCGCAAUGGCCGCCGCUCACGUGGACCCAGCCCCAAUACACAUACAAGCGGCGCUGGCAGCGGUGGUGCUGGCCAUGGCCACAAUUCUGCCACCGGCAUGGGCGGUGGUGGCGGCGGCGGCGGCGGUGGCGGCGGCGGAGCCGGUGGCACAAACUCCACUGGCAAUGAGAAGGGCACAGCUAACGUACCGGGUGCCGGCACACCGGAGAGCUCCGACGAUGAUAACUAUCUCCAUACAGCCACAAAACGGAACGGCAAAUCCAAGGCAAAGCAGUCGGAAUAUGAAGAGAAAAUACGCGUUGGACGCGACUAUCAGGCGGUGUGUCCACAGCUGGUGCCCGAACCGGAUCGCCGUCCGGAGCUGAUGAACGAGCGCGCCUUGUUGGUCUGGUCGCCCACCAAGGAGAUACCGGACAUGAAGCUGGAGGAAUACAUUUCGGUGGCAAAGGAGAAAUAUGGCUACAAUGGCGAACAGGCAUUGGGCAUGCUGUUCUGGCAUAAGCACGAUCUGGAGCGUGCGGUCAUGGAUUUGGCCAACUUUACGCCGUUCCCGGAUGAGUGGACCAUCGAGGAUAAGGUGCUAUUCGAUCAGGCAUUUCAGUUUCAUGGCAAAAGCUUCCAUCGCAUACGCCAAAUGCUGCCAGACAAAUCGAUAGCCAGUCUGGUGAAAUAUUAUUAUUCGUGGAAGAAAACGCGCCAUCGCAGCAGCGCCAUGGAUCGUCAGGAGAAAAUGAUAAAGGCGGCCGUUAAGGAUGGAUCCGAGAACGGCAGCGAGGUCGGCAGCAAUGAGGAAUCCGAUAACGAUGACAAGAGGGCGAACAACAACAAUUCCACGAUGAACAACAACAAUAGCGGCAGUCACAGUAAUGCUGGAACGCCUGGAAGCAACGGUAACGGUAACGGCAACGGCAACGGCAACGGCAACGGCAACGGCAAUGCCAAUAGCAACAGCAACAACAGCAACAACAACAGUAACAGCAACAGCAACAGCAACAGCAAUGUAACUGGCGACAGCAACAACAGCAGCGGCAUCGGCAUCGGCAUCGGCAUCGGUGGCGGCAGCAGCAGCAAUAGCAACAGCAACAGCAACAGUAACAGUAACAGCAACAGCAACAGUAACAGUAACAGUAACAGCAACAGCAACAGUAACAGCAACAGCAACAACAACGAUCUGGACGCCGAUCAGCUGUGCAUCUAUACAAAUGCAUUGGGCGAAGAUAUGCUCGGCUUUGGCCUGCCCGGCUUUGGCCUGUCUAUCGAUAACGGCGGCGAUAUUGAUAACGAUAACAACAAUCCAAGCGGCGGCAACAACAUUGGCAACACUGGCAGCAACAGCAAUGCACGACGCGUCGUUGUGGGCGGUUUUUGCAAAAAUUGCAACGUUGUCUGCUACAUUUUAUUCGAUUCGCCAUUGGGGCGCAUGUGUAAAAGUUGUCACACGCACUGGAGACGCACCGGCAAUCGUCGUCCCAUCUCCGGCCCGGACAGCAUUGCACCCACAAAACGUUCCACACACAACAGCGCCGCAGCGGCGGCGGCGGAUCGAUCCAAGCGUAAGCCGCCACGCGGCAUGUACAUCAAUCAUGAUGAUCUCACCGCCUUGGCCGGAUGCAAAAAUCCGUGUGAAUAUUUAGCCGAAGGCGAUCGUAAAAUUGCCGCCCUCAUGGCAGAAGUAAGAAAUAUCCAAAAGAAUAGGCAAAUGAUGGAGCAACUGGAAAAGGAUUGCAGCGAUGGCAACGUGGACGAUAGCAGCCCCAACGGAGGAGGAGCCGCCCAAAAGACGACAACGACGACGACGACGACGCCCAGCAGCACGGAGACAGCCGCUGCCCAGCCCCGCAUCACGGCACGCUGGACCUCCGAUGAGAUUGAAGUGGCACUGCUCGCCCUGCGCGACUAUGGCAAAAACUUUCCGAUGAUUGCCAAAGUCGUUGGCACCAAGACGGAGGCGCAUGUGCGCACCUUCUAUGUGAGCAAUCGUCGACGCUACAAUCUGGAUCAGAUUGUCAAGGAGUACGAGGCCAAGUCUGAGGACUCCAACAUGGAGGAGCAGUGCGAUGCGGCUCCAGCAGCUGCCGCCGCUGCGGCUACAACUGGCAGCACUGCUGCCGCCGCAGUCGCAACAGCCACCGCUGGCAAUGUGGUGGAUGGCAGUAAAUCGGCGGCCAAUGAGACAAGUGACGCCACCAGCCAGGAGCUGGCCAAGAAGGAGGAGCCGGCCAAUGCCAAUGCCAAUGCCAAUGCCAAUGCCAACAGCAACAGCAACAACAACAACAACAACACUACAAAAAAGAAGCCAGAACUGAUCAAUGCAGCAAUCGCUGCACUCAAGAGCAGCGAGAGCGCCAGCUCAACAGCCGCCGCUCCACUGACGGCUGCACUCGCUGCAGCAACAGCUACUGCCACGGGUACUGCCACGGCUAAUAACGGUGCUGCUGCUGGGGCGGCGAGUGUCAAUAAAUCGACUAUGGCGAUUAGUGCGCCAACCAUAACCAUUGUGGAUGAAUCGGACACGGCGACCAGCUCCAGCAGCGAUUUGACAAACAGCAACAAUAUGGCGCCAGCGACUGGCAACUCGCUCUCGUCGCUGUCGGGCAUCAGCUGCAGCAACAGCAUGAGCAGCAGCGCACCCGCCAAAUCAUCGACCAACAACAAUCACAACGAUGCUGACAGCGAGGAGUCGCCAUCGCUCAAAUCAGCUCAUGUUCCAGUUAAACGUGACAAUUCCGAUUUGAACACUGGCGAAUUGCCGCCAGCCAAAAAAAUAGCGCUCGCCGUCGGCGCCGAGUUCCUUGCUAAGUGAGAGCCGCGCCCCACAACUCGCCCAGUGGACUCAACUGGUCUGGUCACAGGCGAUAUACGAUGCAUGAAUUAUAUCGCAUAACUAUAUAUAUAUAUAUACAUAUAUAUAUAUAUAUAUAUAUAUAUAUACAACCGAUAUGUGUAUAUCGUUAGCUGUAUAGCCCAAAGGUUGUGGCGUGUGUUUACAAUUUCAUAUGCGUAGCUCUGCUUAGCUCUACACCCAACGCUACUCUUAACUUUUAUUUUAAACAUCAGACCCGGAGACUUAUCUGAUGAACCACACACACACACACACACACACACACACACACACGCGUACAUUUAUAGAUUGGUUAAUUAGUGGAUUAUUAUUAUUAUUAUUAUUAUCAUCAUCGUAUCUUGCACUUAUACUAUCUACCUUUCGCCGAUUCAAAACGUUUUGUACCAAUUUCUUUGUUUAAACAUUUCGUGUCGUGGGGCGCAUUUAAACAUGAUAAAUGGAUAUAUAUAUAUGUAUAUAUAUAUAUAUUGAAAUAGUUGAUAGAUCAUUUAUUAUAAUAGAGCAGAGCACGAUCACACGAUAUGAUCGGGAACUAAUUUUUCUAUAACUAAGUUUACUUAAUUUUCUUUUUUUUAUUUCUUAAUUUUAUUUUGUAUAUAUGUUUGUAAUUUGUCGUGAGUCGUUUCGAUGAAUUUGGGGCCGAUUUACCGAUAGGUUUUC